ACCGUCCGCAUCGACUCCCCGAGGUUCAGUCGACCCGUCCUGACCUUCACUCCUUCGUACAUGUCAAUUAGGGCCUAAUCCUUCCCGUCCCUACCCUUUACCAUGGCGCCACGCAAACAAAAACCCGCAGCCCGCAGCACUAUCCCAGGCGUCUACACCAAGGCCGACGUGGACCCCUCCGAGCGCGAGUACGCGCCCGAGCCCUUCCCGUUCGCGCGGUACACCUCCCUCGUCGGCGUACACACAUCCCUGCUCGCGUUUUCCGCUCUGUUCCUCCCGCAGACCACCUCGUUCUUCAUUGACAUCCCCGCCCGCGUCACGGAUCGCCCGGCUCACCCACUCGUUGAGACACUCGCGUACAGCCCCGUGCUGUCUCUCGUAUGGAUUGCUGGCGGGGUCUUUGUCCUGCAAAGCUGGUGGGCGGGAUGGAUACGGAUGUGGUACUUCGAACAGGCUUCUAGGGGGACGUAUGCGGAGAAGAAGAUCGAGCAGAGCGAGAUUAGCAAAGCCAAGUUUGCGGACUAUGGAAAGGCAUCCGUGUUUACUCUGACGGUAUCUGUUGUGUAUCAUGCCAUCGUUAUACUGUUCGGAGCACCAGUCUUGAGCCACCAUCCACACACCUACCUCUUGUCGCUCAUACUGGCGUUCUUGACGGUAUUCGCGCCAGCAUACUCGUUGGGUCGCCUUACCAUGGGGAACGACACUGCGUCAUGGAUAAAAUGGUUCAACUGGACGCGCCUCUUCGUCGAGUUUUCCCCUCGUAACGCUAUUGAACGCGCCAUGGUCUACCCCUCCAUUGGAACCCUUGUCGGGUGCUGGUUUGGUGUCAUCCCCCUAGCGUUGGAUUGGGACCGUCCCUGGCAGGCAUGGCCGCUUCCUCCGCUCUUCGGUGCCAUCAUUGGAUACAUCUUAGGCUCGCUGGGUGCUCUCGUUACCACCGGUGUUUACUGGCUGGCAGAGGAGCAAAUCAGGUCAGAGCAAAUGCGGCAGAAGACGAAAUAAGGAGUAAGCAGCACAACAGUACAAGCGUGUAUAAUCCUACAUUAGAGAAAGAUAUGAUAUUCUAUGCGUUUCAUGCUCCGAGGAGCCUUGCCCUACC